GCGGUGUACUUAAACUUUUACCCUCUAUUAAAGUGUCCCCAAUGAUUCAUUGUGCAAGUCUGAUGGACUUUAAAGUUUCAAUGUCGACACCAAAUCAGCAUAAUAGAGACAUAAUAAGUAGUUUGCCAGAUGAUGUAGUUUGUCACAUAUUGUCAUAUUUGGACACUAAACAAGCUAUCGGAACAACUAUUCUGUCCAAAAGAUGGCGUCACGCUUGGACUCGUCUUGUCGAUUUCAAUUUCGAUGACAAGAAUUAUUGUAUUAAUAGGCGAAAUUUCUUCACAACAUUCGUAGACAAGGUCUUGCUUCUUCAUCGUGGUGCAGGUGCAAUUAAAAAAUUAAUAUUCGACACUCGGUGCUUCCCUCACGAACACAUAAAUCCAUGGAUUUGCGCCGCAGUUAUGCAAAAUAUUGAGGACCUCGAUCUAUGCACAACCGACAGAACUCAACAAUACUUAAGCAUACCCCAAAUUCUUUUUAGUUGCAAGACCAUAAAGUCUCUGCAGCUUUACUUUCGUGUUGAUUUCCGGGUAACUGGCGACUCUCUUGUAUGGCUUCCAAGUCUCAGAGUUCUUCAUCUUAAUUUUGUUUAUAGUUUUGAUAGUCUUACCAUGCACAAAAUCUUAGCCAAUGCUCCAGUUCUUGAAGAAUUAUCAAUUGAUACACGCCUUCCUCCUAAUUAUGGCUCCAACACUUUGCGUAUUCAGUCAUCAUCUCUAAAGCGUUUCUUCAUUAAGAGUUUUGACACGACCAGAGGCUUUCGUAUGGUAAUUAAAGCUCCGAAACUGGAGUAUCUUAUGCUAACCGAUUUCCACUCCGAAGAAUUUGAAAUAGAGAGGUUAUCAUCACUGGCUUAUGCAUUUAUUCGUGUUCGAUAUCUAACAAAUAACAUAAAUCAUGUUUCCUAUGGGAAUCAAGUGGUUAAUCUACUAACAAAAAUUAACAAUGUCAAGGUGUUGCGCUUACAAGCAUCAACACUAGAGGUUCUUGCUAAGGCACCAGAUAAUAAUUUUCCAAACUUUCUUAAUUUAGUGCAAUUAAAGCUGAAGGCUAGGCAAAAUGAUUGGCGAAUGCUACCUAAGAUGUUAAAUUCCUCUCCGAAAUUGGAACUACUUACUCUCAUUAGAAAGGCUCCUGUAUUUCUAGAAUCAGGCAAUGAUAUAGUGCCUCGUGAGGCGAUUUUUAAAGAAGAAUCGGUACCCAAGUGCUUGUUGUCCUCCCUCGAGACACUGGAAUUCAAAGAUUUUGAAGGGAAUGCAGCAGAGAUGCAAGUCUUAGAAUAUCUUUUGAAGAAUGCAAGUCUCCUAAAAGUGUUUAGAAUCUCAUUGUCUGCUACAAUUGGUUUUGACAAAGAGAAUCACACUCUCAGUAUGCUCAGUGUGUUUUCAGAGACCGCUAACGCAUGCCGAAUGUUAAUCACUUGGAGAGUUAAGAAAACUCCCAAGAGUCGUGCUUUUUUAAUGGGAUGUUAGUUACUGAAUUCUGAUAAUGUGCGAUAAUACCGUUAAUAAGUUAAUCGGAUACAACCUUAGAGCUAUCGAUUUGUCGACCAUACAUAUGUCUUUCUAAUGAUAACUUUCUGAUUUUGCUUAAUUUGACUCAAGACUGUUAGGAUUUCUUAUGUAUAAUUCAAGUUUCUCCAAGAAUUCUGAUGAUCUAUAAAGGAUACAUAAGAUUCAGCAUGGAACAAAUAGAGCUUUUUAAGAGCA